CUUCAGUUAGAGACGUGAGUUCCUGCUUUCCAGUGAAGAAGAAGAGAGGCAGCAGUAAACCAUCAGAGCCUCAUCAUGAAAGUGCGUCACUCCUCUCUGACCUAGCAAACAAGGAAGUGUCACUCAGAACUGCAGCGUGAAGGCACCAUCAGCUUACUGCUGUUUGCUCCUCGUGGAGGUCCUUGGAGUGUCUCCUUUUGUGUGUGUGUGUGCGUCUCGUUACACGCUUUGUUUUUGAUGGGGCAUUGAGACAUGUGUGUGUCACAGUAUCAGUUAAUGGACUGUAGGGGGCAGUGCACCCCUGCCCUCCCUCUGAUCCUCCUCCCUCUGUCCUUCCUCUCCCUCACGUUUCCAUUCACUCAGGGAGAACUGCACAUCCCCGAAAACUUAUUUCAGCCUCCGGUGCUGACAGAGAUGCCAAAAUCACACACAGUGUUUUCUCUAGAAGACUUCAAUCUGGCCUGUGAGGCCACCGGGAACCCGACACCCACAUUCCGUUGGCUGAAAGAUGGCGAGUUGUUCGGAUCAGAGACUGAAGCAUCCGGAACGCUGAGAGGCGACAAUUCUUCCCUGGAUAUGUUAGAGGGUGAAUACCGCUGCUACGCCUCCAACAGUCUGGGGACCGCCAUGACACAAACCGUCAAAGUCAACGUAGAGCUUCAGCCAGUUCUCAUGAAACAAGAAGCCGUGCGUGUGCAAGGACUCGUGGGACAGAGUAUGGUCCUGUCCUGCAACCCUCCAAAAAGCUCGUCUCCUCCCAGCAUCCACUGGAUGAACAUGUAUUUGAUGCACAUUAUUCGGAGUGAGAGAGUGACGAUCGGCCUGGAUGGGAAGCUGUACUUCGCGAAUCUCAUGAGGAGUGACAGCAAAGAGGACUACAUCUGCCACGCCCAGUACAGAGAGGCCAGGACUAUUCUACCUGCCACUGCUGUCUCCCUCUCUGUGAAGUCGAGUAACAGAGUCGCUCAUGGAAGAAAACCCGAGUUCUUCCAUCAGAGGAACCACUCCCAAAUAUCAGCCCUCAAGGGGAACAGCGUCACCCUGGAAUGUUUACCCAGAGGCCUACCCACACCUAAGGUGGAAUGGAAGAAAAAGGAUGGUGUCCUGGCAGACACAACCGGCCAAGUUAUUAACUUUGACCGCUGGCUCCACUUUGAUAGCAUCACCCUGGAUGACGACAGCGAGUACGAAUGCAAAGCCUCCAACACCCACGGCUUCAUCACGCGCUCCUUCACGGUCACUGUGGAAGCGGCUCCUUACUGGGUGAAGGAGCCUCAGAACCUGAUGUACACUCUCGGGGAAACAGUCCGACUGGACUGUCAGGCUGAUGGCAUCCCGAGGCCCAGCAUCACCUGGAGGAUCAACGGUCAGCUGUUAACAGAAGUGGAUGAAGAACCUCGGCGCACGGUGACCGGAGGAACGCUCAUAAUGAAAGACGUGAACAUUGGCGACACGGCCGUGUACCAGUGUGAAGCCAAAAACGACCACGGCUCCAUCCUCCUCAACACCUACCUCUACGUUGUCGAGCUCCCCCCUCAGAUCCUGUCCCCUGAUGGGUUCAUCUACAACGUCACCAAGGGCCAAGACGUUGCACUGCACUGUGAGUCUUCUGGCUCGCCACGACCCCGCGUCACAUGGGACCGGGAGGACACCGGUGCUCUGCUGUCGGACCCUCUGCUGUAUCCUCGUGUCUCCAUUCUGACCAACGGGACCCUCAAGCUGUCCGACGUCAGCCACAACGACAGCGGCGAGUACAUCUGCUCCGUACAAAACACCAACAUCUCCAUCACGGCCAAGCUGGACGUCUUCCGUCCAAGUGAGAUACUGACGAGCCCCCAGGCCAUUCGUGUUGUCCAGGGAGAGAGCGCUUUCCUGGACUGUGACGUCGACACCGAUCCUCGGCUGAGGGAUUACCAGGUUGUCUGGAAGAAAGCGAAUCGGAAACUAGAAGAGACAUCAGUAGAUGACAAGUACACCUUCUUCAAGAACAACACGCUGAAAGUGACAGACGUCCAAUUAUAUGACAGCACAGAGUAUUCCUGUGAGGUCAUCACUAAAGUGGACAACGUGAUUGCACAGAGCUCCAUCACUGUCAUAGCAAAACCGGACCCUCCCAGUGGUCUGACUCUGUCUAAUGCUGAGGGGGUCAGUGUGACUCUCAGCUGGAGCCCAGGACUCUCCCACAACAGCCCCAUCACAGAGUUCAUCAUACAGGCUCGGGAGGAGUACCACACGGAGGAGAGGAAGUGGACGUGGGAGGAACUGAAGAAAGUGCCAGGCGACUUCAACCACGUGGAGCUGACCCUGCAUCCAUUCUCCACCUACCGAUUCCGUGUCAUUGCCAUCAACGAGGUUGGCAGGAGCAGACACAGCAACCCCUCAGACCACCACAGCACGCCACCUGCUGCUCCCUCCAUCAACCCUACAGGAGUGCGCAGUAACUCCUCAGAACCAGGGACACUGAUCAUCACGUGGGAUGAGAUAGACAAGCGUUUCCAUAACGGCCAGAACUUCCAGUACGAGGUGCUGUGGAGGGAGGCCGACGGGUCAAAUGUAAACUGGAACUCCGGCCGUGUGAGGUCUCCACCGUUCAUAGUGAACAACACAGGAACGUACACACCGUUUGAGAUCAAAGUCCGAUCUGUCAACGCCCUCGGAGGAGGACCGGAACCAGAGCCGGGGAUCGGGCACUCCGGAGAGGACAAGCCAGAGGAAGCUCCGACUGGAGUUUCAACCACCGUGAUGAACAGCACCAUCAGAGUGAGCUGGAACAAAGCCCGGAGGGUCCGAGGUCGGCUGCUGGGAUACAGGAUCUACUAUAAGAGGCUGGGUUCCAAGGCCGAGCGGAGGCGGAGGUCUCUCAGACAAUCCCAACAUGAGGAGGAGAGAGGAGAAAGAUCAACACAAUUGAGCGAGACAGAGGAGCACAGCUGGCAGGUGGAGGAGGUUGACCAUAGCAAGACCUCAGCGGAGGUGACGGGGCUGCGACUGUUUUCUGAGUAUGAGCUGACGGUCACUGCGUUUAACAGCAAAGGGGAGAGUCCUCGCUCCCCGCCGCACCACUUCCACACGCCGGAGGGAGUUCCUGGUCCUCCUGCAUCUCUGGAGUUUGAAAGCCCGACAGAAAAAUCCCUGAUUCUCUCCUGGAGCCCUCCAGCUGAGACCAACGGCAUUCUGCAGGGAUACAUAGUGCAGUACCAACGGGAGGUGGAGAGCAAAAACAGUCCUGUGGAGAUACUGAAUGUCAAUGAUCCCAACGUAAAGCACAUCACGCUGGACAACCUGGAUCCCGACAGCCAUUACAUCUUCAAAGUGAUAGCACGCACAAAGACUGGAGAAGGCCCUCCCAUCACACGCAGGGGAGCCACUCUGCUUGAUGGAGAGCCUCCGAGAAACAUCACAGUAAUCUCUGGUAACGCAUCAGUCAACCUGAGCUGGGUGCCCGGAGAGAGAAACCGAAACCACGGCUUCCACAUCCAAUACCUCAAGAAGAGCGGAGGCGGUGGGUGGGAGAAGUCAGAACAGGUCAACACUACGCAGGGUUUCUAUACGCUGACGGGCCUCCAACCAGGAGCUCAGUACCACCUGAGGGUCAUGCAUGGAAACUCCACUUAUUGGCAAGGCGAGGCAAAGACUGUGGAACCACUGCCGUCAGAGAUAACCGGCAGGUUCGCCACCCAAGGCUGGCUGAUCGGACUCAUCAGCGCCAUCGUGCUGCUGGUUCUCAUACUGCUCAUCCUCUGCCUUAUCAAACGCAGCAAGGGCGGCAAAUAUGCAGUGAAGGACAAAGAAAGCAAGGAGGUGGACUCUGAAGCUCGGCCAAUGAAAGAUGAAGCCUUUGGAGAAUACAGAUCCCUGGAGAGGUAGGACAGUUCACCCCUCUGUAACUCUCACAUGUGUGUUUGU